AGGCUGAGGUGACAGCUGGCUCUGAGGUCACAGAGGUCCCAGAGCCCUGUUCUUGCACAACACCACAAGGACCAAGCAGUCAGUCCUUGACUACGACUGUUGCAGCAGCAGCGGCGACGGCAGCGGCGGCGGCGACAGUGGUGCUGACAUUUGAACAGCGGCGUCAGGACAGUGGUGGCAGCAAGAGCUGCAGGACUGGCAGAGAGCAAGGCAUCAUGGCCCUUGCUCUGCGCCUCUUCCUCCUGCUCCUCCUGGCAGCGGCCCUGCCUGACAGGGCUGCCCAGGCUGCUCCACAGCGAGCAUGGAGAGCAGAUUGGGACCGUGACAUGGAGUAUAUAAAAAAGAUGGUAAAUGGUGGUUUGAAGACCAUUCCAGAUGCUGGAGGUCCUCCUACAUGGACAAACCAAGACAAAGAAGACCAGAAAUCCCUGGAGGCAUCCCAAGUUCUGGACAGGAUGUUGAAUGAUCUGAAGAGACGUCGUGAGUUGAAGAAAAUGGCUUUGCUGAAGGCGGUGUUUCCCGAAGGAAACACGGGACCAUGGGCAGCGUCUGCUGCAGGAAGGGAGGCCAUGCCAGGCACAGUCCCAGGAGAUGAGGGUGCUGAGACAGCUUCUCCAGCAGCUGGGAUGGAAGAUGGCUUGGAACCAUUAGGAGGUUCUGCAGGUGUGUCUGCAGAGAGGACUUAUUCAGCUCCUUUCCUGAUUCCUGAAAGCAAGCUCAGCUCCCAUCGCAGGGGUCCUCCUAGAGGGAGGAACAAACCUACAGAAGGUAUCAAGUCCCUGGAGACAUCGAAACACAUGGAUGUGAGGCUGAGUGAUCGGGACAGACGUCGUGAGAUGGACCAAAAGUCUUUGCAGAAGGCAGAACUUCCUGCAGAAUGCAACAGCUUCAUUCCAGAUGCCUCUACAGAAAGGGAGGAGAUAGCAGACAGUGCCACGGAAGAUGUUAUCUCAGAAACUGGAGUGUAUGUCGAGGAUCCCGUGCGCCUGCCAAGAAUUGUCUGCCCGCAAGACAUCCGCAGGUCCUGCAUGAUAGGCACUGUAGUGACACUGAUCACAGUGCCACUUGUGCUUAUAUUCUGCUAUUUUGGGAUCCAGAAAGUCUACGAGAUCAGACGUUCUUCCUCCAGUUAUUUGAUAUAGUUUGUUAUUAUCCCGUGGCUGAAUUACAGGACUACAGAGGCUGGCUAUGGAUGACAGUCGUGUGUCUGGCCUUCUGCACAGCACAUCCACACAGGAGCUAAGGGAUCAUCCUUGCACAGCCCAUCGUGGAAGAAGAGAGUUCACUGAUAAAUCCGACACCGUUUUAUGGCAUGGCAGCAGAAUAAAGGCUAGAAUUGGUCCUGUUCCAAGCCCUUUA